AAGGCAGUUGCUUUGCUUCAUCUGAAAGCACGUGGAGCAGAGACCUGUGGAGCAAAAAGCACUGAUGCAGAAGGCAGCACCACUUGGAAGCAGCAAGAAGUAUUAGCCAAAAGGGCUCCCUUGACCAGCAUGUGGGUAUCGGACCCUUGAUUGGCUGAUUCCUCAUGUAAAGAGUUCCAAAGAUGAAGUUUUCUCCAAGCAAGAUCCAGUCCAGGCUCCUUCUGGCUCUCCUGACAAUCACGGUUCACUUCGCCGGCUGGGUCCAGGGUCAAGUGGCACCACCAACAAGACUAAGAUACAGUGUGUUGACACAUGACAGCAUACAGAUAUCAUGGAAAGCUCCAAAGGGGAAAUUUACUGGAUAUAAACUUCUUGUUACUCCAAAUUCAGGAGGGAAAACCAACCAACUGACUCUUCAAAGCAGUGCCACCAAAGCAAUCAUUCAAGGCCUCCUUCCAGAACAGAACUAUACGGUCCAAAUUAUCGCUUACUUUAAAGAUAAAGAGAGCAAGCCAGCUCAGGGCCAGUUCAGAAUUAAAGACAUAGAGAAGAAGAAGGAUCCCAGCAAGCCUAAGGUCAAGACCUCAGAAAAGACCAACGGGAGCAGGCCAACACACCCUGCAGCAGAGAAUCAGUUCAUCUGUAGGUCCCCCGCCAUCGCCGAUAUCGUGAUACUAAUCGACGGGUCGUGGAGCAUCGGGAGAUUCAACUUCAGGCUGGUUCGGCUCUUCCUGGAAAACCUGGUGACAGCAUUCGACGUGGGAGCCAACAAAACCAGAAUAGGCCUUGCCCAGUUCAGCGGGGACCCCCGGAUCGAAUGGCACCUGAACAGCUACAGCACCAAGGAGGAAGUGAUCGACGCGGUGCGGAACCUGCCGUACAAGGGCGGAAACACGCUAACAGGACUUGCUUUAACGUACAUUUUUGAAAAUAGCUUCAAGUCAGAAGCCGGAGCCAGGUCUGGGGUAUCCAAAAUCGGUAUUUUGAUCACAGAUGGAAAAUCCCAAGAUGAUGUCAUUCCACCAGCUAGAAAGCUACGGGAUACGGGUGUUGAACUUUUCGCUAUCGGUGUGAAAAACGCCGACUUGCCUGAACUUCAAGAAAUUGCUUCCAAGCCCGACAGCACUCACGUCUACAAUGUUGCUGACUUCAAUCUCAUGCACACGAUUGUGGAAGGCCUCACGCAGACAGUGUGCACCAGGGUGGAAGAACAGGAAAAAGAAAUAAAAGCAUCCUUCGUUGCCAACGUCGAAGCUCCUACGGAUUUGGUCACGUCGGAAGUAACCGCCAGGGGAUUUCGGGUGGACUGGACUCAGGCCCCAGGAAGAGUGGAAAAAUACCAAGUCGUCUAUUACCCCACCAGGGGCGGGAAACCGGAGGAGGUGGUUGUGGAUGGAACCGAAUCCACUGCCGUGUUGAAAAACUUGAUGUCUCUCACCGAAUACCAGAUAGCAGUGUUUGCCAUCUAUAACAAUUCUGCCAGUGAAGGUCUGCGUGGGUCUGAAACCACACUUUCCUUGCCCCUGGUGUCCCACCUCACGCUGUACGAGGUGACGCAGAACAGCCUCCGGGCCAAGUGGAGCCAGGUUCCCGGGGCCUCCGGCUACUUGGUCCUGUACGCCCCUCUCACCCAAGGCCUGGCUGGGGACGAGAAAGAGAUGAAAAUUGGAGAGACCAUUACAGAUAUUGAAUUGACGGGAUUAUUGCCCGAUACGGAAUAUACAGUCACAGUUUAUGCCAUGUUUGGUGAAGAGGCAAGUGACCCAGUCACAGGACAAGAAACAACAUUGCCUCUAAGUGCAGCAAGGAGCUUGAGGCUUUCGGACAUCGGCCACAACAGUGCUCGAGUAACGUGGGACCCUGAUCCCGAAGCAACUAAUGGCUACCGAAUUAAGUACGGCAAGCCUGAUGGGACAGAGACCAACGAGGUGGAUGUCGACCUCGUUUCGACCUACGUUUUGGAAGAACUGGACCCCCUCACUGAAUAUAGCAUCGUUGUUUUCUCCCUUGACGAUGAAGGAGAGUUGGAGCCACUGAUUGGCCGGUUUACCACAAAGCAAACUCCAGCCCUCCGGCCCUUGAAAAUCGAUGCGAUGUCACCCAGCAGCUUGAGGGUGCGUUGGAGGCCCUUGUCUCCGGAUGUGGCGCGGCAAAGGCUGAUGUGGGUCCCGUUGGCUGGGGGAGAGGCCGAGGAGGUGAUUUUGAAGGGACAGACGAAUGUGCACGUGAUUGACGGCCUGCUACCCAAUACGGAGUAUCAAGUGUCACUGCUGGCCGUCUUCAGUGACGACAGGGAGAGCAGUGUGGCAGUUGGCAUCGGCACGACGCUCGAUGACGCUACUGUAGAGCCUACCGUCCCUGUGACCACUCUUGCUCCUUCAGGACCUGUCACUUCAGGAAUCAGGAACCUGGUCGUGGUCCCCGAGUCCUCGUCCAGCCUGAGGGUGACCUGGGACAUCUCGGACAGCGGCGUGCGGCAGUUCAGGGUGACCUACGUCACGACGGGAGGGGACCAUGCUGAGGAAGUGGUGGAAACGGUAAUGGUGCCUGGAAGACAGAACACUCUCCUCCUCCAGUCUCUGCUCUCAGAUACAGAAUAUAAAGUCACCGUGACUCCAGUUUAUUCAGAUGGAGAGGGAGUCAGUGUCUCCGCCCCUGGAAAAACUUUGUCACUCUUUGCUCCCGGAAAUUUACAAAUCUCGGAAGAAUGGUACAACCGUUUCCGCGUCACCUGGGACCCUCCGCCAACACCGACGACAGGCUACAAAGUUGUCUACAAACCUACAAAUAGUACUGACCCAGCACUCGAAAUUUUUGUGAGAGAUUACGUUCACACCAUUCUUCUCCAAAACCUGGCCAUGGGGACGGAAUACAAUGUCCAAGUGUUUGCCUCGUACUCCCCUGACUUCAGCGAUGCUCUGACCGGUGUGGCCCAGACUUGGCUCUUGGGAGUGACUGAUCUUGAUACUUACCAGGCCCAAGCCACGAGCCUAUGUGCCCACUGGAAGCUUCACAACCACGCUACAGCUUACAGGGUGGUGAUUGAAUCUCUCCAGGACAGACAAAAGCAAGAAACGGUCUUGGGUGGAGGCACAGCCAGGCACUGCUUCUUCGAACUUCAGCCCAAUACAGAGUAUAAAAUCAGUGUCUAUUCCCAGCUCCAGGACAUCGAGGGGCCCGGCGUCAGCAUGAUGGAAAAAACUCUUCCAUUCCCAACACAACCUCCGGCUAUCUCGUCAACCAGCCCUUCUCCUACGAUUCCUCCGGCAAAAGAAGUUUGCAAAGCUGCCAAAGCCGACCUGGUGUUCAUGGUGGACGGGUCUUGGAGCAUCGGGGAUGACAACUUCAAUAAGAUCACUACGUUUCUGUACAACACGGUGGGAGCCCUGGACAAGAUCGGCGCGGACGGAACGCAGGUGGCGAUUGUUCAAUUCACUGAUGAUCCCAGGACAGAAUUCAAACUCAAUUCCUACAAAACCAAGGAGACGCUUCUGGAGGCCAUUAAGAAUAUUGCCUACAAAGGGGGCAAUACACAAACAGGCAGAGCAAUUAAGCAUGCUCGGGAUAUGUUGUUUACUGUGGAGUCAGGAAUGAGAAGAGGCAUCCCGAGGGUGAUCGUGGUGAUUACCGACGGGCGGUCCCAGGACGAUGUGGACAAAAUUUCCAGAGAGAUGCAGCUAGAUGGGUUCAGCAUUUUUGCAAUCGGGGUGGCCGACGCAGAUUACGCAGAGUUGGUGAACAUCGGCAGCAAGCCCAGUGCCAGACACGUCUUCUUCGUGGACGACUUCGACGCCUUCCAGAAGAUCGAAGAUGAGCUGAUCACUUUUGUCUGUGAAACGGCCUCGGCCACCUGUCCACUGGUCCAUAAGGAUGGCAGCAGCCUCUCAGGUUUUAAGAUGAUGGAAAUGUUCGGUUUGGUGGAAAAGGAUUUUUCAGCAGUGGAUGGGGUUUCCAUGGAGCCAGGCACCUUCAACCUCUAUCCGUGCUACCGGCUGCAUAAGGAUGCCCUGGUUUCCCAGCCUACCAAGUAUUUGCACCCUGAGGGACUGCCUUCUGACUACACCAUCUCGUUUCUCUUCCGAAUCCUGCACGACACACCUCAGGAACCGUUUGCUCUCUGGGAGAUCUUAAAUAAAGACUCGGACCCCCUGGUCGGGGUUAUUUUAGACAAUGCUGGCAAAACACUAACGUACUUUAACUAUGACUACAGAGGAGAAUUUCAGACCAUCACCUUCGACGGGCCCGAGAUCAAGAAAGUCUUCUAUGGGAGCUUCCACAAGCUGCACAUUGUCAUCAGCAAGACGUUGGCCAAAGUCAUCAUCGACUGCCAGCAAGUUGGAGAGAAGCCAAUCAACGCUUCGGGCAACAUCACCUCCGACGGCAUCGAAGUCCUGGGCCGAAUGGUCAGAUCCAGAGGCCUGCAGGACAGCUCUGCUCCGUUCCAGCUACAGAUGUUCGACAUUGUGUGUGCUACCUCCUGGGCCAAUAGGGAUCGAUGCUGCGAGCUGCCGGCGUUGAGAGACGAGGAGAACUGUCCAGCCCUGCCGCAUUCCUGUUCCUGCUCAGAGAACGGGAAAGGUCCCUUGGGGCCUGCUGGCCCGCCGGGUGGUCCAGGACUCCGAGGACCGAAGGGCCAACGCGGUGACCAGGGGCCAGUGGGACCCGAUGGCCCUCGUGGGCAAGCUGGGUCCCCGGGACCCCAGGGGCCACCCGGCCCUCAAGGACCAAGUGGACUCUCCAUCCAAGGGUCGCCGGGAAUGCCAGGUGAAAAAGGAGAGAAAGGGGAACAUGGGCUUCCUGGACAGCAGGGCAUCCCAGGAGGAUCCGGAUCACCAGGACGUGAUGGGACACAAGGCCAGAGGGGUUGGCCUGGAAAGGAUGGAUCUAAUGGCCCUCCGGGACCCCCGGGACCGAUUGGUGUCCCCGGAGCCCCAGGAAUGCCAGGAGUCACAGGAAGCAUUGGUCCCCAAGGUGGCCUUGGACUCCCCGGCCUUCCUGGAGCAAAGGGAGAAAGAGGCGAGCGAGGGGACCUGCAGUCUCAAGCCAUGGUCCGGGCAGUAGCUCGACAAGUGUGCGAACAGCUCAUCCAGAGUCACAUGGCCAGAUACAGCUCUCUCCUGAACCAGAUUCCAAGUCCAUCUGAGUCAGGCCGGGCUGUUCCAGGGCCUCCCGGGGAGCCGGGGAGACAGGGUUCUCCUGGUCCCCCCGGGGAGCAGGGACCCCCGGGGCCGCCGGGAUUCCCAGGAAACCAAGGGACACCGGGCACGCCGGGUGAGAGAGGCCUGUCCGGGGACAAGGGAGAACGAGGAAAUCCAGGUGCUACCAGCCAGGGUCCCAGGGGUCCCCCUGGGCCUGCAGGACCACCGGGGGAGAGCCGGACGGGGAGCCCUGGACCCUCAGGCUCCCCCGGAUCCCGAGGUCCCACUGGACACGUGGGGGCGCCCGGACCCCAGGGUCGCCCCGGACCUCCGGGCUACUGUGAUCCUUCCUCCUGCGGCAGCUACGGCACCGGAGACCUCAUCCCCUACAACGGCUACGAGCACUGAAGGGCAGGACCUUCCCUCCAGACUCGUCGGGCCCGGGCUCUGGAACCACCCCCCUCCCACCACCACCCUUCCGCACUCUCCACCAAAGACCCCAACACCACCAUCACCGACCGCUUCCCGCCACCCCUCGCUUUGUUUGUGAUUCAGCGUGCCGCCGCCUCCCCUUCCCCCAACCACCCCCUGGCCCUCCGCCGUGAUUUCAAACAAAGUAAUGGGAAUCUUGAAAUUGGCCAGUAUGUCACGGGCGGAUCCCGGCCGAGGAAAGAAACGGGAGCAGAGUCUUUCCAAGAAGCUGAAACAGGUCACCCGUCCCUCCUCCCCUCCUCCCCACAAUCCUCCCGAGGCCCUGUGGUGAUGCUGGAUUCUGCCAUCCUUCCUGUCCCGCUCACGAGAGUGGCGUUGGCGGGCCGGGCUGGACCCGCUGAUGGGUGUCCUCUAACUCGGCUCAUCCGGUUACAUUUUGGGUCUUUGUAAAAAAAAAAAAAAAAAAAAAACAACCAAAAAACAGUCCAGCCUUUAUUGCUUUUGUAAUUCUGCUGAAAAUUCUCAUGGACCUUUUUGGAAAUAAAAGGUAUGAUAUUUUUCAAAGAU